AUGUAAAAUAAAUAAUUAAAAGAUAUUUUGAACCUAUAAGUAGAUAAAACUAUGCUAGUUAAAAGACAGUAAAAAGGAAAUAAUGACGAACCAAUUCAUUAUGGAGUAAUUUUAACAACAAAAAAUACAAAUUCAGAUUACUAUUUACUUCAUAAUGGCUAUAAAUUUGGAAAAGAUUAAGACUUUGUAUUAGUUACUUUAAAAGGUCUUAGUAAAGAUUGGGAAAUUUAAGAAAUUAUUGUAUUAGAGAAAUCAAUCAAAAUAGAAGUUUUAUUUUCAGCUGGAUGCUGUGGAUAAAAUAUGAGAUAUCAUCCUAUACAUAAUAAUAGUAAACACGCUUAAGAUAGAAUUUUAAAGAAAGUUGAAGAAUACAUUAAAUGA